AACUUGGUUAAACAUCAAUUCCUGUGAGCAUGCGGGGCUCCUGCCUGCAGCUCUGUGCUGCUCCUGGCUGUACGUUUUUGGAGUGAAUGGACAGACUGGACUCUGCCCUGAAUUCAUGGGGAGAGCGCUGGUAUCGCCAGCACCCUCUUUGUCCCACUACAAUGGGGCUCUAUGAGCAUAGGCAAGCCAGCUAGUUUAAAGCUGGACUGUUUACUUCUAUCACUCCUUACGCAUGCUGUGGUCUUGCCAGUCAUCUGCCGGAGGGCUUGGAAUAAUUUUGAAACAACGGGCAACAUUUAUUUCUAGCUUUGUGUGUCACGCUUCGCGGGAGCACUCUUAAUUUGCACAUUAUUAUUUACCCAAACUUCUGCGAGGCUUUCCCUGUGGACUGGGGCUGGCUGUGGAUUAGGACGGAUUUAACAUACACUCUUGAUUGGCUGAAACCUGUGAGGGAAGCCACGGUGUUUGCCUUUGCUGUAAUGCCGAGGGGUAUAUUUAGUAGGUAGCCGACCCCGCCAGCGUGACACGUAAUGCGGCGUGGCUGUGCAGCCGGGAGCUGACAGGGAGGAUGCUGCAGGACCUCAGACCUCCAGCUGAAGGAGAGAGGGAGACUCUCCUCCGUUCCCGGCAGAUCAUUUCCCUAUGUGUCAGCGCCAGAGGCACGAGCAUAACUGUUCUCUGUUUCUUUGGGACAAAAGAAGAGUUUCACUGUUAUGAGCCCAGUGACAAAGUGUCCCUGUAGUGGCACUGCGAGGCUCGGGAAAGGACGCUGCCCCGGGGGAGCCCGGCUGAGGAAGAGAGCCCCGUCUCCCCGCUGGGAUUCAGAUGCUGCACUUUAAUUAAUGUGGAAGAGACUGACACUGAGCAAGCACUGCCUGACAAGUAAGCAAGUAGAGCGUGUCCACCCAUGUGCAUCUGCGCAGAGAGAUCCUUUGAUGGAUUACAAUCUCGGCAAACUCCAACGCAAGAAGAAGAAUGACAGCUAAGACACUUAAACCAGACUUUUCACCGUCCUGGAAAGGAACUGGCUCCCAGAAUUUGGAGUUUUUUUAAUACUCUACCUCCCUCUGCUGUUACCAGCGAGAAGUUCCUCGACAAUGGGAAAUCAUGUACUCGCGGCUUCGAUUUCCAUGCUCUCGCUCCUGGCGAUGAUGGGAGACACGGACAGUAAAACAGACAGUUCCUUCAUGAUCGACUCCGACCCCAGCCGCUGUAUGAGGCACCACUACGUCGACUCCAUCACCCACCCCCUCUACAAGUGUAGCUCCAAGAUGGUGCUGCUGGCUCGCUGCGAGGGGCGCUGCAGCCAGACGUCGCGCUCGGAGCCGAUGGUGUCCUUCAGCACGGUGCUGAAGCAGCCCUUCCGCUCCACCUGCCACUGCUGCCGCCCCCAGACCUCCAAGCUGAAGGCCAUGAGGCUGCGGUGCUCGGGGGGCAUGCGGCUCACGGCCACCUACCGCUACAUCCUCUCCUGCCACUGCGAGGAGUGCAACUCCUAGGGGCGCGGUGCCGCAGCAGGGAGGGGACUGGCGUGCUGCCGAUGGGAAAGGCUCCCGAGAAACAAUCCAGAGUCAAGCCGAUGCUCCCGGCACAGGACUGCAGCGAGGACAGGACUAACCAAGCUGGAUUGGAUCCGAGAGCCGAAGCGCAAAAUACCCUGGGGUGCUGGAUGGCGGAUGCCGGUACCACGGUGUACUAAGGUGAAAGCGCGAGGACUUGUUUUUGAGAAGCCUUUCUUUUUUUCUGAAAGGAUAUUUUCGAGAGUUUCUUCUUUUUCAGGCUCAGCUCUGACUACAGAGCUUUUACUGCUGGCCAUGGUCAGCUGGAUGACAGCACUGAGCUCUGGAAGUUGACGUUUGGACAGAGGAUGGGCGUCAGUUCCCACAUACAACCUCUUAACCUAUCAAUUUAUUUUCAGUUUCCUACUUAUACUGGCCUUCAAAACAAACUGCGCCGUUGGCAAGGGUCAUCUAUUACUGAUCUAGCAGCCAAGUGCUGGAUGACUUUAACUGUGGUUUAGCAGAAAUUACAAAUAAACCAUUGAAAAGUAAACUGAAUCUGAAAUGCCAUGCUGGGAAUACCCAACCCUAGCCAGCUGAAAUGAUUAUUUGCACCAUGUGUCAUCAGAGUUCAGUGUCUGAGUGACUCUUGAGAAGUGAAAGGUCAUGAAACUCACUAUUACCCUCUAAAAGCCUAGGAAGGUGACACAUCACAUCUGUCACAAAAGCCAUUAUUCAGCCUUCAAAAACUAAUCAGAUAUUAAAAUACCACAUACUAAAUGCAGACAUUUCUUAACUUUACUUAGACAUAUACAUGUACAGAACCAGAGCCACCAAAACAAUGACUAAACCUAGGACUUAUUUUCAUCUAUAGCUCUUAGACCAUUGAGCAAAUACCAUUAUACCUUUUAAAGGCAGACAAUCCCAAACACAGGGGAAUCACAUCGAUGUCCCCGUAGGAAGUUCAAGGCAGAGUCUGAGUCCCAGUGUUAUCCACUCAAUCGCAAGGGCUGUGUUUCAAUUUACCUAAUGAUCUGCUGCUACUUGGUGUCCUGUCUGACUUGCCAUUAGGCUUGGCAGCUGGUCCCUAUGGCCGGGACAUCAGAGCUGUGGGGUGCUGCAGGGCAGGGGUAGCCAGUGGUUCUCUGUAAGAAGUGAGGCCGUGAGCUGCUUUCCCCUGCAGGACCAUUGCAGAAAGAAAUGCCUCGAGGAGCUGAAUGAAUUGCAGCGUUCAGUAGGGCAUAAGGAUCUCAAAAUGACAGGGGAUCCGAAGUUUGGGAAUGGUAUUUGGUAUUUGUAGAGAAACUCUGUCCCUCCUCCAUUAAUGUGAGAUGUUACAGAAGGUUCACUUACAGUCUCUUGUGACUGCAAGGAAACAGUAUAACUGUUCUUAUCUAAGACUGCAGUUCUUAUCUUCUUAAAUGGCUGCACAUCCACUCAGCCAGCAGUAUGUCCCUGAUGUUCACAUAAAACCAGCGGAGCCAUUGUUUUGAUAGAAGUCAUGAAGGUGUUGAGAGCACCUCUGCUGUGUAAGGAUUCACGGUCUGUAGCCCCCGCGUGCACAGUCCCACAGUUAUUCCCUGGGAUAGGCUGGAUUGGUUCCCAUGCACAGCAACACCUUUAGGGUUCAGUCCAUCUGUUCAACACCAUCCAGUCUGCCUGCAGCAAAUGCCAUAUGCAGGAGCUCAGGGAUGCACACUGCCAUUGCAGGGAACCCCCAAGGCCAGUCCUCCUGUGGUUACAUUGGGAUUACAGUCCUCCUGUGGUCUACAGUGGGGUUACUGUCCUGUGGUCUACAUUGGAGUUACUGUGGCUGCUCAGGCAAUGCCAAAUUCCUUUGCCUCUGCCACCUGAUGGUGAAUAUGCAUGGGAUGUGAAUGCAGAGGUGACAGACACUGGUCUUGCAAGUCAAAUCCUGGAGUAGGAUGGCAGUCAGUAGUGGAGAGCGAUGAGGGACAGGUAUGACUGCAGACACCAGCUAAAGAGGUUUGUGAUUCACGGGAAGGGCUGUCUCUGUCUUCUGGAGAUGGCUCUGGAGAUGGCCAUUUUUCAACGCCACAGAGCUGUGGGCAAACAAAAGGGUGAAUCAAAGCGCUGGAAGCCGAGGGGCUCAGAUUAAAAUGUCAAAUCCAGGAGUGAUGAGCCCCAGUGAGCUCAUUAGACACCAUGCACUGUUUCAGGACUGUCAGUCAUUCUUCUCACAUCUGAGGCAUGGUCUGAACAUCAAAGGGCGAGCGAAGGGAGCGUGAGCUGGGCAUUAUCACCAGACUACUUUAUAUGAAAGAUCAUAUGUGCGUCCCUUUUCCACUCUCUUUCAACCUCCAGCAUCUAAAGAUCCCAUUAUCCAAAAAAGCGCCACCCCCUACUGUUAAUUAUAUAUAGAAAAUUCCAGUCCUUAUCUGAAACAUCAGCAAUACCUUUGAUAACCAAAUAACUGUAUUGCAAAGUAUGCAUGACCUCUAAGCACGAGGCUAUAGAGGUUGCUGCACACAAGCAGAGCUAUGCAGUUGUCUAAGGAACUGGGAAUGUUUGGAGGGUCACUGCUAUAUCCAGCAUCACCUCCCCCUGGGUCAGGCUGCCACUGGUCUGCUGUGCCAGUGCAAAAUGAGGGGGCUGUGAUAUGAAAUUUGGGUGCAGUUUGCAGCACUCCUGCAUGGCUAGGCUGGUUGGAUAGGACAUGGCAGGACAGCGUGGCCCUGACCGUGGUCCUCUGGUGAGGAGAGAGGAGGGGGUUGAGCACAGGCCAUGCCAGAGAGAUUUAGCAGAAAAGAGAAUAUUUACAGUGAGACAAGAGCUUGGAUGGUAUUUAUUCCCACAUCCCCUUGCUAACACAGUGCCAGAGCUAUAUUUGCUCAAAGAGGUCCCACAGAAGAUAUUUGUGUUUCAACAAAAGCUUUUUUCCCCCUCUCACCCUCCACAUUCCUUCCACUUCUGCUUGGUUCCUCUAAUGAAAUCAUCACCCUGUGGCCUCAAAGGCUGUUGCCAGGCAUAAAUGUUGAGGUGAAUUCAACAUUAUCUAAUUGAACUGCUGAGUUGAAUAAAUGCAUGGAAAGAAUAUAACAGAAAUUAUGAAUGACAAGACAAAACAUACUUGUAAAUAGCUAGACCUUGAUAUUAAACAAUGAAUCAAACUUUCAAAUUCUCCUUUUGGCUUUGUCAGGCAAUCUUCAUAUUAACAUGUCAAAAAAGAGGAGCUAUCCUUCAAAACCAAGUGCCCCAAAGUCAGUUGUAAAUCUAUAUUUUGAUACCUUUUUUUUUGUCAGCAUUUUAGGCAACUAAGUGCUGACUGAAGCACACAGGUGCUACCUAUGGUAAAAUUCAGGCAGUGUAUUGAGGCAAACAGAGCAAACGAGGCUUUGGGUAAAAACUACAGGAUCUGGCUCAUAUUGAAAAAGAAUCUAAAUAAUGCUUGGAGACGAACUGGCUUCCUGAUUUAUUAGUCUGACACCACUCUGGAUACUUAAGCUCUGUUUUUCAAGUCAGAAUACUGUGUAAGUGCUUCUUAAAUUGAACAACAGGGAGGACAAUGCCCAGUUUUUUAGCUAAUGUUGUGGGGCUUUUUCUUUGCUAAAGCAUCCUCUUGCUGGGACUCGAAUGAGAAGGCUUUGUCCUUUUUUUCCCCCUCACUGCACCUCAUCCUUCAGGCACUGCCUUCCCCUGCAGAAAGGCUGGUUCAGCUGUGAUCAUCCUGUGGUUUGCUCAGGAUGAGAUGUGAUACAGAGUUUUGACUAUUGCCACCCUUAUGCCCUCCUUUCUUUUGAUUAAGUUUCUGAGUCCAGCUUGGCUUUUGAAAGCUGCCUGUCCCCAGCAGUGGUGGUGUUACUAUUCAGCUGGAUUGACUGUACUCAUGGAGACCAGAGGAUAACACCAGAGCUUUGGUGGUACCCUCUGGUUGUAAGAAAAGCCUUAUAAUGCCACUGCAGCUUGUGCCAUUCAGAAAUAAUCUGUGAUUUACCUGAACAAAAGAGCCCAUGGCCCAUCACAUUUUAUUUAUUCUGCUCCCAGCUUCAGUGGGUCUGUUAAGCACUCAAAGCUGCACAGACACAAAACCAGUUUGCUGGUUCAACCUUUGUUUGGAUCACUAAACUGAAGAACUCACUGAGUUCUUGGAGAUGUGGCCCCUGAUUUUCCUUACACCACCUCACACUGCUUGCUGAGCUUGAAGAACUGCUGCAAGACAAAGAGUUCCUGAGCCUGAAUGUCUCCCAGUGGCCUUUAUCAGGGCUUUUGUAAGCCACUGUCACAGGGCUCAAGGCAGUAAAGGAGAGGCCAAAUUUGCUGACAUCCUGGGAACACCACAGCCUGUGCUGGGCUUUCAUAUGAGCCUUAGCUGAGACCUGUCCACCAAGUCCUUGCAGAUCAACCAUGAAGCCCUGAAGCUCAGGCAGCACCGUGUAAGUUGUAACCAGAAUAUUUUUGUGAAAGAGGAGAGAAAUAAAAGAGGUUACUGUCCUAUA